UAGGGAGAUAUUCGUAUAUAUGUUAAAUGAAACACUUUUUUUGAAGCUGGGUAUCCACUAGCUUCAAUUGUUCAAGAUAAGUUUAUAACUAACACAACAUAAGGGGUAGUGAGGUUGCGCCGCUGGGAUAACCGUGAAUUAACUUUAAAAAACUAACUUGACUUAUUGAAGAGUUCGUAAUAAGUGACACAUAUGUUACGGGACAUUAUUGGUAACGAGAAUGUGAGGUUAUAUAACUCUCUUGUAAAGGAAAAUAUCAUAAAACCGGCAUAUGUCUAAGGUAAGAUUCUGCAUCGAGGCGUAUCGCGAACUCUUACCUCGAACUUUAGUAUGCUUGAUUUGGUACUAAUAACGCUACAUCGGUACUCACUAUUUGGGUCAUAGGGUCUUGGUCUGUAAUAUAGAAACAAAAGAAAACAUUGCAGCCCAAUUCACAUGGAAUUUGAAUAUUUAUUACCGAACAACUCUGAGUAAUGAUGAUCUAUAUUUUAUUUAGUUAAAAACCUGCCUACUUGCUACAGUGCUUAUCUACAAUGCGUGGAAAUAAAUUAAUUAUUUGAAUUGUUAAACUUAAACUUUGUACACGAAACGUGUCGCGUACGGCACGAUGAAAGUGAUUGAGAUGUUAAAUUUAACAGAUAAAAGCAAUAAAAUAUAAAUAGUUAAUAAAUAAUGAUUAUUACUGGAUAAAUAAUAAUCCAAACUAUUAAACUACAAAAAAGUAAUAUACUAGUGCACAAGGUACAGCAAACAACAAAGAGAAAGACAAAUUAGAAUGUGGAUAGACCAAAUUACAAGGGCACACAUCUAACGUAAAAGAAAAUUGAAAUAGAAACGUGUUUAAAUGUAAAUGUUUUUGAAUUAAAGGGCUAUUUUAUAAUUAUAAACACUAUUUACAUCACGUCAAUAUCAUAACAGAUAAAGAAUAAAAGUAGAUAUAGGAGGACACAACAAAAAUACAAGCACAGGGUAGGAAAUAAACUGUUUCGAAAACUGUUCACGGUGAGCCUACGUGGCGACAUGUUCACUUAUUUCUAUUAUGAGAUGACAGUAUUAGGGAUUAAAGAACCUUCUUCCAAAAGUUAGUUGGCAUGUUGUCUUUUCUACUCUUUAUACUGUUCCGGGGCCCUCACAAUAGAGACUUGGGAAACAAUAAUAUUUUAAAUUCCGACUAGUAGACACUAGUAAACAACAUUUUUUUAGGUAUAUUUUUUAAAUUCUAAAAUUAUAUAUUUUUAAAUUUUAUUUAAAAAAUAAUUUCGGGCCUCCACUCCUUUUUUGCUCCGAGGCUUCCUGACCUUUAAAUCUGGCCCUGAAAAUAGGUCUUUAUAUUACCGUAGUGAGUUAAUAUUUACCUCCAUUGUCAAAUAAUAUACUGUGAAAUGUACUUUAUGUAACAAAUUUUUUGACGAAUAAAACCUGCUUGAACCUGUUAUUCGAGCAUUGCAUCGAUAUACAGACAGUGCGAAUCAGUAUUCCUUCAUUACCUGUCGUUACGUUAGCAUUUGAAUAAAAAUAUAUCAUUUAUUACAUUAUAUUACCUUGAGUUAUUGUGAAUACGUUGUAAACCAGACGAGAUAUAGUGAUAAGGACUGAUACUUUGUACCGACUGGAAAUAUAUAGUACCACAUAUAAACGCAGAUUUCCAAGAUAUUUAUCAUGUAACAUUCAUAUUUUAUACUGUUUGCAUAGCUGAUAGAAAAUGGCACAGAAACAAGAGACAGAAACACCAGCGGAAUUCGAGGAAGUGCUAAAUCGUGAAGUUGGACAAUUCGGCAGAUUUCAACUGAUAAAUUUACUAUUGCUUGCGUUACCGGCUAUUUCUUCCGGCUUCCUCGCUGGUGACUACAAUAUCACCGCAGUUAUGUCAUGUGGAAAGCGUCCUCUCGUAAAAAAUUGGGAUAAACCCAAACACUUAAGAGUGAUAACUUCAUCAAAAUAUGAACAAAAUGAAGCCUCAGUAAAAAUUCAUUGGAAGAAUGUUAUUCGCAAUUUGGAACUAUCCUAUAAGGACGAAACGUUCUGGGAUUCACAUUAUCAAGAUGUACGAACAUUGGUGGGACCUGUUAUAUUUAAGAGAAUUACGAAAGUAUUUCAAUUACCGAGGGACGAUAAGGUGUAUAUUACCAAAUCGGAAACAUCAACGCCUCAAGCCUCUGAAAUGUUUUACCAAGCAACAACAGCCGUUGCUACACAGAGUCGCAUGCAAGCAACAUUCUCGACUACAGAUUUCGAUGAUUCAAUGUAUGAUGAUGCUGGAGAAGAGGAAGAAAUAGAAGAGCAAUCAAUUUGGAGUGAAUCCACACAAUCAGCUGACCUGAAGAGGUCAUCGCGGUCCAAGUCAAUGACACGCUCCAAAUCUAUAAGUACAACAAGAGCGCGGAAGUCCAUUUCCAAAUCGUUCUCUCGGCUUAUGUCCAAAAAUGUGGUGAAAUCAAUGUCAAGACAGUCCAGGGCGAGGUCUGAACUAUCGACGGCUGAUGAUGAUUCACCGGCGAAUACUUUAGAUGAUUUAAUUGUACACGCCAAGUCGAAGGCGGAAAGAAAAACUCCAUAUCGAAAGAUAGUGAGGAAUCCGCACUUUGAUAUGCUUUACUGUAAUAAAUCAGAAACGGACAUGAUUAAGUGGAAGUCGAAUUACAAACAGACAGGCCUCGAGGUUUCCGCCUCGGACGAGUUUAGUAAAAAAGCGGAGAUACUGACUAAAAAGAUUGCAAAAGAAUUCUACGAAUGGUGGGUUGGAUUGGGUAAUGUGGAGUUCAAGAGUGAAAUUAAACGUCCCGAAGAUAUUGAAGACUUAUUCCAAGUGUGGUUCGACGAACACGCUUCAAGGGGUCUUGUUUUGGAUCCGAGGAUUCUUCCAUGUGUGUUGCAAAGCGUUGCCGACUAUGUUGGUGUUAAAAAGACUGGGUGUCCAGGUGUACUAAAACGUCAAAUAGCCUACGACAUCCAUGCAGAGACAAGUCCUGCGCACACACUUGCGUUUGGUACCUGUUUGCCCCAGAAGUACAAACAUAUCCCGCCAAAGAAUAACACUAAGGAGAUGUGGCAUUCUGUAAAGAUACCAGAGGAUCUUAAGUCUAUGGCCGCUGUUUGGGAUGAUAUACAGCAUCUUACAUCAACAAAGACAUUCCACCAAUGGCUUCAAAAGCGUCCGCAUAUGCCGAUGCCGCCAUUCUUCAAAUCGCUGGAGAAGCCAGGAGAAAAGAAAUUGCCCUUCGUGGUUCCAUCUGACUUCGUCGUUCGAGAUAAGGCCUCCUCCAUGUCAGCCCAGGAAUUGGCUUUACCGGUGUCUCAGUUUGACUUGGAGCUUAAAGAUGUUUUAAGUAAACUAAUGAACGAAUGAAUUUCAAACGAAGAAACGAAAUAGCGAACCAAGCAUUUUUGUUUUGAAAACGCUUGUAUUUGCAAUUCCUGUAGUACAAUACAGUAAUCCUCCGAAAGUAGAAACGCGGUAUCCUAUAACGCGAUAUGCUUCUACUAUUCUCGUAAAACCGUUUUUUUAUUUUAAAAAAAUAGCAUCACUUUAGUAACGUAGAUAAGUAGUUUAAUUUUAUAACACAAUUGAAACUGUUGCAAAGGUACGCAAAACUAAUUAUGGACAUGACAAAUCAUUAUAAAUUUCACUCUACAAAAAUUUAACUUGUGUUAACAAAAUUCUAAAUCAUUUAUUCAUAUAGGUAACACAAUGUACUCUUAUGAACAUCAAGAACAGAAAUCUAUAUAAAAUGCUUCUAAUAUUAUAUUUACUGCCAGGUCUCAAAUCAAGGGCUUAGAACGGAAGGGAAGAACUGGCAAUAAACUCUCCGCCACACUUUUUAAUCGCCAAGUUUUGUUUGUAUUACACAAAGUUUGUAAGGAGCUAAAACCAUAACACCAUAUUCCACAUGACAUCUGAAGUAUAACUGCAUUAAAGGAGGGAAAUACCGCGUUAUAUGGGAUGUGUAAAUCGCGUUAUACGAAAACGCG